AUGGUUGUGCUUAAAAACGCGCUUGCGGUCGCCGCUUGCGCUGCUCAGGCAUUGGCUGUUGAUAUUGUUGUCAAGUCAUCAGGCGGCAAUGAGACGGGCAAAUUUGGUCAUCCGUUUGGGUACGGGUUCCUCCACGAGAUUGUUAAGACGUGCCAAAAGGAUAUCAACAAUUCGGGUGAUGGUGGCAUCUACGCCGAGCUGAUUCAGAACCGCGCCUUCCAAUUCUCCAACAAGUACUCUGUCUCGACAGCCCACUACUUUCCCAUCAACGGUGCGAGUCUCAGCAUCCAGAACCUUUCGGCGCCGCUUUCCAAAGCUCUCCCUGCUUCGAUGCGAGUGGCAGGCGGCAGUGGAUAUAGCACUGGCAAGAUCGGCUUCGAGAACGAAGGGUACUGGGGCAUUGGAGUAAGCCAACAAAAGUACACUGGCUCGUUCUGGGUCAAGGGUGCCUACGAGGGCUCUUUCACUGCAUCUCUCCAGUCCAACCUCACCGAUGACGUCUUCGCCUCUGUCGAGGUCGAAUCAAAAGCCGUCGAUGGCGAGUGGGUCGAGCAUGAGUUCGAGCUCGUGCCAGAGAAGGAUGCGCCCAACUCCAACAACACGUUUGCAGUUACGUUUGAUGCAGCAGGCACCAAGAACGGCUACUUGGACUUUAACCUCAUCAGCUUGUUUCCGCCGACGUACAAGAACAGGAAGAAUGGUUUGCGCGUGGAUCUUGCUGAAGCACUUGCUGGGAUGAACCCGACCUUCUUGAGGUUCCCCGGCGGCAACAUGCUUGAGGGGUUGACCAACGACACCCAUUGGGACUGGAAAGACACGCUUGGUCCAUUGAAGGACAGGCCUGGAUUCCAGGGUGUUUGGGGUUACCAGCAGACUCACGGACUGGGUAUCAUGGAAUACCUCGAGUGGGCUGAGGACAUGGAUCUGCAAAUCGUGCUCGCAGUCUGGGGUGGUCUUGCCCUCAAUGGCGAUGUAACACCCAAGGACGCGCUCCAGCCUUUCAUUGAAGAUGCACUCAACGAAAUUGAAUUCGUUACCGGACCUGCUGAUUCCACUUGGGGUGCAAAGCGCGCAGCGCUAGGCCAUCCCGAGCCCUUCGAGCUGAACUACGUCGAGGUUGGCAACGAGGAUUGGCUCGCCGGAUACCCUGGCGGAUGGGAGUCGUACCGCGAGUACAGAUUCCAGAUGUUCCAUGAUGCUAUCAAGGAAGCAUACCCUGAUAUUCAGGUCAUCGCCUCAGCCGCCACAAGCGACCCAGGCAAGCCGAAUGAGGCCCUUGACUUCUCGAAGACGCCUGACGCCAUUGGCGACUACCACCCGUACCGCCGACCGGACGAGCUUGUGGAAGAGUUUGACCGCUUUGACAACGAUAUUGGCCAUAUUGUCGGUGAAGUCGCGGCAACACACGUGAAUGGCGGCCAGGAUCCUCGUUGGGACGGCCCCUUGUACAUCUACCCUUGGUGGCAAGGAGCCGUCGGAGAGGCCAUCAGUCUCCUCGGCUACGAGCGCAACUCUGACCGUAUUCCCGGCACAUUUUACGCGCCCGUCAUGAAGAACGAGAACAGGUUCCAAUGGCCCAUCACUCUAAUCCAAUACGCAGCCGACCCGAAGAUGACGACCAAGGCCGUGACUUGGUACUGCUGGAGCUUGUUCGCCCACAGUCCCAUCAGCCACACGCUGCCAACGACAAGCAACUCCACCUACGGCCCGCUCUACUGGAUGGCCGGCCGAGAUGAUGCCAGGAACGGCGCGCUGGUAUGGAAGGGAGCCGUUUACAAUACCACUAACAGCAGCACUGUGCCGGUCUCGGUCCAUUUCCAGGGCGUAUCGCCAGGCACGAAGGCAAGUCUUACGGUGCUCACGAGCAACGCGAGGAACACCACUCUGGGUGACUACUCGUACAAUGACCCGUACACCGGCGUCAACAUUGUAAACACAGACGCUAAAGAAGUGAGUGCGGGUGCGAGCGGUGCUUUUGAGUUUGUGCUGCCGGAGUUGAGUGUCGCGGUGCUGGAUACUGGCAAAGCUGGGAACUCGACUGGUUACAAGAGGAAGUUGUAGAAAUCUCCAUUGUAUCUAGAAGGGAGGACCAUAUGGAAUGAACUU